GACGGAUCGGGGUGUGGUGCGAGUCAAUAAUCAAAUUAACAAGUGAAAUGGAGUUGCUGAAGCUCUCUAAAUUCAAGCUACAGCUUCGAGCUCUUGUCACUGAAUCUCGAGAUCUCAGAGAAAGAGAACGAUCGGCGACCGAACAGAUCCAUCUCUUAAUCCAGAAACAAAAGCAAACAGAGGAGGAAUACAGUCGAAAGUUUCAGGAAUUGCAAGCAGAGGUAGCUUCGUGUAAUGAAUCGCGAGAAAAGCUCCAAAGAAAGGUUAGUUACCUGCAAAACGAUAAUGCUUUGCUUGAAACCAAGCAAAAGGAACUGAAGGGAACUAUCGAUGGCUUGCUUCAGUCUAGAGAUGAUUUUAUAAAGUCUUAUCAGGAAUCUACUUACAAAAUGAAAUGUUCAAUUGAAGCCAGGGAUAGAAAACUCACUGUCCUAGCUGAGAAGAUAAACUCUCAUUUAUCAUUAUUCGAUUCAAUAGAAAAGGAGGCAUCCUCUGUCAAGCACGUUGUGGAUGAGGUGCAGAGGAUUGUGAGUGAAAAGGAGCAACUAGUGGCUGGCUUAAAGACCAAAAUGGAUCAAGUCUCCUCAUUUGAAAAAGUGUUCGUUGAAAAGAUUAACAACCUUGAAAAUAAACUGAAAAGCAACGAGGCUGAGUGUCAAAGAAAGGAUAAAACUGUUUCAGAUUUAGAAGCAAAGCUGGAAAUAGCAAGAAUUAGUAAUGACAGCUGCCAAAUUCAAAUACAAGAGAUAUCCUAACCAGCAUUUAAGAUUCAUAUGUAUCUUUGUUUCAUAAGAACUAAUUUGCAAUUUCAGCUGAAGGUAUUUCUUAUAAUUGUAAUCUCUUAGCCAACUUCACCUUCAGAAAACUGUAUUGGCAAAGGAUGCAGUCAUACAAAAUUUAAUAUCUGAGAAAGAGGCACUGCAUUUUCAGGCUGGAAAUUUGGCAGCUAUUUUGCAGAAGAUACAGAAUGCUGUUACAAGAAUGGAUGAAGAGGAUAGAAGGGUCUUCUCUUCGGUACUGGCACAUCAUGAUGAAUGUGAUAAAAUUGAAGCAACAAAAGAUAACAGGAUUCAAGAUAUGGUUUGGAAUGGUACAGAUAGAUCUCCAUUUAAGUCUCCGAGGAUGGAUUCUGCAGAGAACAGAGGUAGAGAGGUUUGCAGUUUCUCCCCUUGGCUGUCUUACUGCAGUAAAACUUUUUGAUGGGACAAGUAAAAUACUUUUAGAUGU